CGACUUUUGACAAUAUGGAAGUCGUGUAUGUGUGAAACUAUUACUGAAGGUAAAAGAAAGGUACCUAAUCGGUCAUGAAACAUUCAGUAAAUGAGUCGAAAAAGAACACUGCUGCCAGAUUUAUAUAAGGCUAAACGUCAGUAUGUGCCAUCAUCUGCAAAUAAUGAAGAAAAUGGAAUGCCUAGUACUCGGGGAGAUACAAACGGUUUGUCAGAAGUACCAUCUGACACUAAAGCUGCCUUACUGCUGUUGCGAGGAUUGUUUCCUCUGGAGAAAUUUGAGGAAAGGUUACCACCUAUUAUUUUGAAACACCAGUUAUACAGUCUGGUCAAAAAUCGCACACUUGUUGAUAAACAGCUGAAUGACUUGGUCACUGCUGGGGAAGUGAAAGUAUUUAAGCUAGGAGUGGAUUCCAACAGUCAGUGUUUGGUAUUCUCUGCUGACUACACACACCAUGUUUUACGUGUUAUGUCAGAAACAAAAGUUGAUCAGACUCUUAUCGAGAAAGUCAGAGUAAAUAUUCUUGAUGCUCAUACAGACAUCAGCCUCGAAAAAGAUUCUCUGACAAGAGAAUAUGGGUUUACAGAUGCAGAAAUUACUCAGCUGGUUCAGGUGUCCCUGUUAACUGUUAGAGAUGUGGGCAGCUGGUGGUUAUCUAUUCCUAAUACAGGCAUUUUCAUGAAAAGUUAUAUUAGAGGCAGGAAGUCUCUUCUAACAAUGAUCAAAAAAUGCAAAUACAGGGAAAUCUUGAAAACAGAACUGGAACAGCGGCGCUGGCCUAAACUUGCCAGGUUAGGAAUCUCAUAUCACAUACACGAUAUCAUUGGAGCAGAUUUAGUGGACUGCAUAAUGACAACGUCAGGGGAGCUCCUUCGACUGCGAGAGUGAAUCUCAGUUUCCUGAAAAACAGCUGCUAAUACCCAUGUUCUAUAAGUUUUUCCCUCAGAGUCAUGUUUCUAAUGUUAAUUUUAAUGUGAAAUCAGUGUUAAGUUUUGCUUAUCCAUUAUUUUUUAUUGGGUGUUCCACUGAUGUGACAAAAGCAGUUGAAGAAACUGUUUAUUGCCUUAAGAAUUACCAAUAAUUCUGUCUCAGAGAUAAUUUUUGAAAAAUAAAUAUGUUGUCUCUUGCAGGUUUUACUAAAUCUCUUUUUCCCUCUUCGCCCUUUUGAGUGGCGUAAAAGCUCCUACUAUGCCUUAACCAAUAAGCACGUUGUGAUGUUGCUUCCAAGUACACUAUCUUUCUAGCAACAGUGCUGAAAUUUUAUCCAAAAAGCAUGAUGGCACAAUUUACUAGUUAUUAAAUAUGCUUUGGAUAUUUUGAUCAGCAUCAUUUAUGGGUCAUCUGCUCUGGUGCCAUUAAAUCCAGUCUCUGUGUGUGUGUGGUUUGUGUGUGUGCAUGCACAUCAAAACGUGCAUUUGUGUGACAAGAUGCAUGUUUGUCCAUGCCUGAAAGUUUAAAGAUACUUGCAUUUAUUACUUAGAACUUAGAGACUGCAACAGCAAAGAAGGUGACUCUUCAAAGAGUGUUGUCUGAAGGGUAAACUGUGAUACCUAUCUUUAGGUGGCAUAUACAUCUGUUUCUUCUCUUUGCUGUCAAUAAAAUAGUCUUAGAGAUUUGUUUCUUUGCCAAACAAAAAAAAUGUUGUGAUAAAGCAAAUACAUUUUUUUUCUGUCCACAAACUCUUGAAGCCUGGAACAAGAAGAGCUAGAUUAUAUUAAGCAUCUGAUGAGAAACUGUCAGUCUUCUACCUAUUCAGCCCAUCUAGUGGAAAAUAGGACCUAAUCAGGAAAAAUCAGAUUUAGUCUUACAAAAUGCUUUCAUUAAAUAUAUUUAGUGUUAGUAGAAAAUAUACAAAAUAGAUUGAAAGCAUGCAGCAUUUUAGGGGAAUACACUGCAUAAUUUUAAUAUUCAUAAAUGUAGCAUGUGAUAAACUACACGAGUCAUGAAAUUCAAAUGCAUGUAAGAAUAAUUUAUAAAAACAUUCAGAAAUAAAAAAUAAUGGUUUCACCCCAAUUCCAAUUAAUCACAAAUUCUCAAGUACUUCAGGAAGUUGAAUACAGUCUGUAUUCUUUGGGGGUAAAAAAAUAACAAACUGGGAACAUUAUUCUGUGCAAAGAGUGUUGUACAAAAUUUUCAUUAGCUGGUAUGUUAUAUUUUAAUUUUUUUUUAAUCCAACUGGGCAUUGCAGUGUUUCAGCUUGCAUAAAGGCUAGCUGAAUUCUUUGGUGAAUGGUAUUCAGGGAAUAAACAGGUGUCUUCUAUUUAAUUUCAUAAACUAGAGUUUUCUUGAUGUUCUGUUUGUCAAAGUUUUUUUGCAUACAAAAUUAGCUAGCUUGUUUGAAUCUAGACAUUCUAUUUUCUCCCAUUUAAGCUUGAGAUAUAUCCAUUUAGCUUACAUAAAGUAACAUGCCACACAAAUUGGGCACCGAGAGAAUGAGACAGGGAGAAUGUACAUAUGUGAAUAUGUCUCCUGUACAUGGAAGCAUGAAAUGAAACUUGAAUAUUUGUAUAUGCACUUAAGAUUUUUUUCCUCUUUCCUUCAGCAAGUUAUUUAUUGAUCACUGUAUUUUUAAUGUUUUGUAUGAAUACGCAUGCAGAAGAAAUUAAUGUUUAAGAGUACAACCUUAAACCUUUUUUCACAUAGUGACUGUUUCCUAUCUCAGGUGAUAUUGUGAUGAUAUUGCUGGAUGCCUGAUUAUUUUCCUGUUAAUCUACCUGGGUCCAAAGACCACGUGGGUUUUGACCCUAGUGUUUUCAUCUUUGUAAGCAUUGUGCAAGAGCUAGAAAGAGUGUUCAAAGGCAGUGAAAGCUGAGCAUGAACUGUUGGUUACAUUUAUUUCAUACAAAAUCUAAUUUCAUAGAUUUUUAGAGUUUUUACCAUAAAAAAGAGAUUUGUGAACAUUUUUCCCCAUAGGAAAGGUGUAGUUUGUUAAAUUUUGUGCUUGUAAAUUUUCUAGUAUCCUAUUUUGCAGGGAUUUCCAAAAGGUCUGAUGCAAUGCUAAUUCUCACUGCAAAUAUUUUUGCAACAGUAAGAUGUAAUGCUGACAAAUGUGGUAAAGUUAAUUAUAUACAUUUGGGAUCCAAUCUAUGAUCCUUUGUGACCUAAUUUGAUAGUUCACAUUUUCCCUUUCCUUUUGAGUAUGAAGACUUUGUGUUCAGUGCUUUUCUUUUAUCAUUUUUCUGUGCAUAAUUGCAUUUUAAAAUUGAAUAAAGCUGAUUUUAAAAAAUCUGGACCAUAGUGCUACAAUGAAAAAUGUAUACCUAAACUGCUAAAUGAAAAUUUUACUAAAUGCCUUUAAAACAUCUUGGCAUCUUGUCCUAAAACCACUAUAAAUGAUUGUGAAGAAAUAUUUGCAACAUGCAGGUUUUCAGCUGUUUAGGCGUUUAUCAGCUAUUAGCAAAGGUAAAAACUGAGGUCAUAAACACCACAAUCUUCUUCAGCACAAAGGUGAUACUACUGUUCUGUUUUCAGCAUGUGUUAUGGUGAUAACUUCAGCAGGCCUUCAUUUUAAGAUUACUUUUGGUACUAUAUGAUAUACAGUGUAAUUUUACAGUUGGGAAGAAAUAACAAUUGUACAAGCUAUGUCUAGAUGCAUCUCCCAACCUUAUCCUGCAAGAUGUAUAUGCCUUUACACUGUGCAACUUGCUACGUGUUGAUGGCUAUGUUUAUCUGAUUGUGAUUCCGUUAUUUCUCCUGUUGUCUGAAAGGUUUAAGAUAUUUGUAAAUGAUACGCAUUUUAAAAAAGAUGAAUUUGAUGGGCAUUUUUUUCUUCGGUUGGAAUGUAGUGUGUUAUUGAUAUUUGAGUCAGUGUAUGUGUGCAUGCACGCAGAUGUGUGAACAUCCCAGGUUUAUGCUUUGUCUUAAUUGCCUGAAGAGCUGUCUGCAGAACACCCACUCCUGUCAUCACUUGCUAGUCUUUGUAGCAAACAUGAGGUGCUACACUGCAAGCACUUUUCUCCUUCUACAAAGGUUUCGCAUGCGUGGUGCAGUGGAAGGUUUCUGAGUCACAAACCACUAAUUCACAUAUAUUGUGUAGAGAUAGGAUUCAGCCUUUUCGUGUAAUACUGUGGUGCAAAGUUAACCCCUGAAAUAAGGCAGUUACCUAUCAAGUAAACGUUUCUUAUGCUGCUGGCCAGUGCACACAAAUUAGGCACUGCAGCAGCAUUUAGCUGAAGAAAAUUUGGUUGGAAAAAUAUAUUUAUUGCCUAGUUAGAAAGUUUGAAAAGAGAGACUUUGAAGGAGGAGAUUUUAACAUGUUUACAGAACUUUUGUUAGCCAAAGAAAGAUCAUCUGGAAGGUGAAACUGUGGACAGAAAGGAUUAUUGACAAGCAAUCCCUGGCAUCAAAGGGUGAUGAUGAGAGUUGCAGACAUAACCAAGUUUCUGUCUAGCAUCCAGUCUUUGGUUGUGGUCAUAUAUAAAAAAAACAUUUGUUAAGAGCGGUAAUUUAGAUACCUCAGAGGCAACAACAUAUAUCCAUAGCUGCACCUCUUUCUCAUCUAUACAGAGAAAGUUCUUGUGGAUACCUAUUACACUGUAGGCCCUUGGCAGGUAACAUUUAUUAAAAAGCUUUCUCAAAUGCUGGUCUAACCUGAAGCUCGCUCCUCAACUGUCAUUACAGUGUGUUCAGAAUGGAGUGUUAUACUUGAGAACAAAUACAAAAAGGUAUGAAACUAGUAUUUUCCUUAAUCUUGAUCAGAUAAGAUUUGGUUUCCAUCACCAAAAAUAUAGUUUGCAUUGGUUCUGGAGAUUUGCACCAAAGGUUACAUCUUUUUCUACUUUAAAAAUGAUUUAUCUCCAAAGCAUGAUUGUACUAUGGGUAUUACAAUAAUAAUUACAAGGGAAUGAAUGUCAUAGUCAGAAGUGUGAGGCUGUAAUGAUGAAAUGUAUUUUCAUAAUUACAACUUCAGGGAAAUAAACUGAAAAAAACA